ACUGACUUUCCCCCCAUAUUUUCUACAGGAUUAUUUCACAAAUGAACAUAGAGAGUUGAAAAAAGAUGCACAGCAAGAUUACCACCUAGACUAUGCCAUGGAAAAUAGCACACACACAGUAAUUGAAUUUAGCAGAGAGCUGCAUACAUGUGACAUCAAUGACAAGACCAUAACGGAGAGCACUGUGAAAGUGAUCUGGGCCUACCACCAUGAAGACGUGGGAGAAAAUGGUCCCAAGUACCACAGCGCCAAUCGUGGCACCAAGAGUCUGCGGCUGCUGAAUCCUGAGAAAACCAAUGUGUUGCCUACAGCCAUACCAUACUUUGAGCUGGUAAAUCAGAACGUCCCCGUCCCAAACAAAGGUACAACAUAUUGGUGCCAAAUGUUUAAGAUUCCUGUGUUUCAGGAAAAGCAUCAUGUAAUAAAGGUUGAGCCAGUGAUACAGAGAGGCCAUGAGAGUCUGGUCCAUCACAUCCUGCUCUAUCAGUGCAACAGCAACUUGAACGACAGUGUUCUGGACUACGGCCAUGAGUGCUACCACCCUAACAUGCCCGACGCCUUCCACACCUGCGAGACCGUGAUUUUUGCCUGGGCUAUUGGUGGAGAGGCUUUUUCCUAUCCACCUCAUGUUGGGUUGUCCCUCGGCACUCCAUUAGAUCCUCGUUAUGUGCUCCUGGAAGUUCAUUAUGACAAUCCGACAUAUGAGGAAGGCUUAAUAGAUAAUUCGGGACUGAGGUUAUUUCACACAAUAGAUAUAAGGAAAUAUGAUGCCGGGGUGAUAGAGGCUGGCCUCUGGGUAAGCCUCUUCCACACCAUCCCUCCCGGUAUGCCCGAGUUCCAGUCCGAGGGUCACUGCACCUUGGAAUGCCUGGAAGAGGCUCUGGAAGCUGAAAAGCCAAGCGGGAUCCACGUGUUUGCUGUUCUGCUCCACGCUCACCUGGCCGGCAGAGGCAUCAGGCUCCGUCACUUUCGCAAAGGGGAAGAAAUGAAAUUACUUGCUUAUGAUGACAAUUUUGACUUCAAUUUCCAGGAGUUUCAGUACCUAAAGGAAGAACGAACCAUCUUACCAGGAGAUAAUCUAAUUACCGAAUGUCGGUACAACACAAAAGAUAGAGACCAGAUGACUUGGGGAGGACUAAGCACCAGGAGUGAGAUGUGUCUCUCAUACCUUCUUUAUUACCCAAGAAUUAAUCUUGCUCGAUGUGCAAGUAUCCCAGACAUUAUGGAGCAACUUCAGUUCAUUGGUGUUAAGGAGAUCUAUAGGCCAGUCACGACCUGGCCUUUCAUUAUCAAAAGCCCCAAGCAAUAUAAAAACCUUUCCUUCAUGGAUGCAAUGAAUAAGUUCAAGUGGACUAAAAAGGAAGGUCUGUCCUUCAACAAGCUUGUCCUGAGCCUGCCGGUGAACGUGAGAUGCUCCAAGACCGACAACGCAGAGUGGUCGAUCCAAGGGAUGACGGCCUUACCUCCAGAUAUAGAAAGACCUUACAAAGCAGAGCCCUUGAUGUGCACCUCUCCUCCCUCUUCCCUGCACAGAAGCCUCUCUCUUCAGCUGCUGGUGUGCCUCACAGUCCUGAGCAGCAUCCUGAGCAGCCUACACUCCUGGUCCUAGUUCUGUGGUCCUUGGUGACGAUGUUUUCUGUGAUUGGAAACUCGUUUAAUGUGCGGGUUAAAGACACUUGGGGCAUGAGGAGUGUGGAGACUUCCCUUUCAUAUACUCCCUUCCUCCCCACUCUCUCAGUCUCCCUGAGAGAUGUCAUGGGUUCUCUCCUUUUCCUCAGACAUGGCUGAUAAAAUGUAUCCAUUACCAAUAAAGCAAAAGUGGCCUGAUCAAAAUGUGGACCAAGUCAAGCGGAAGUAAAAGAAUUCUUUAUUUCCUUCUGCAUUACAUUUAUGCAAACACUUGUAAUUGCUAUUUUAAUUUUUAAAUGUUGGUUUGGCUUCUAUAUUCCUUUUAAAAACUGUCAAAGGAAGUACUCUCCACUCCAGUUUUCUUCCCCUUUAUUGCUCCUUGGGUGUGACUUCCUGAGCAUAAACAAUGGUCGCCUACCUUUCAGUGUUACCCAGUUCUGUCCUUUUCUGUGAAUUCCCCGAGGGCCCCAUACCUCGGUGCUUUUUGAUGAUGCCCAUGUUCAUCUCUUCAUUUAUCUGAGUCUGUUGGUACAACCCCUAACCCAUCUCAGAGUACGUCUGCAUCCUGCUCAGCGCUGGCCAGGUGAGUGUUUUCGUGAGCUCUGGCACUAAACAGGAAGAAAGGAAAGAGGUUGUGGGAAACAGAGAACUGGUACCUAACGGAUUGUAGGCCGAGGAAAAAAUGUAGUUGGCUGCAACCCUGUGCUGUCAGGGGUCCUUUUGGGGGUCCCAGGUCAAAGGCCAGACAGUGUGAGCCAGCCAAGGAGGGUGUGAGGUCCACGUAGCACCUCACUGACUGCGGUCGGGGUCACACGUGUUGCCUACUGGCUCAAUUCGAGUCACACUUGCUAUUGUAGAUUUAUUUUUAUAUUAAGUAACAGACUAACUUUCUAUAAUACAGUUGCUACCAAUUGACAAUCUUGUGAGUUUUUGGGUUCUCUUUGUAGAGUUCAGCUAAAUCUUGUUAAGUGUCCUUUCCUCAUUUCUUAAGUUGGGAUCAUAUGAAUAAACCAAAUGAAAGUAACUUUUUGUGUGGCAUCUUGUACACUCCUAGAGAGAAGUGAUUCUGUACUGAGGUUUCCAGUCACAUCAAUUAAGCACUUUGCAUUUUCUAUCCUGUGUUUAAGCCCUUUCUCCCCAGCAAACAAUGUCUUCAAUACCAAUUAUAUUGUCCUUUAAAUAAAUGUUAUGUUUUGGUGUGUUUCC